AUGCCCUCUUUAAAUGCUUUAACGAAGAAAUGUUUAACGAAGAAAUGUUUAACGUAUUUCAUUUUAUAUACAUUGCUUAGCAAGGUAAUUAAUAAUUUUUACAUGAACAAAGCAAGCUAUUUUUUUUUAAGGCAGAAUAAUCCUUUAUUCAUAAGAAAAAGUUUUUUUCUUUUUUCUAAAUCAGAAAGAAAAAUACAUUUAAAGAAACACGAAAUGGAUUUCUGCGAAGUCGAUUUAGAUGAGUUUUGUUACAAGCAGUUUGAUCAAAGUAAGAAGCAGUGUUCUUUUAUUCCUUACGAUAAAAAGGAAUUUAUUGAUAAGGUAAAUGAGUUAAUAAAUAAGAAGAAAAUAAAAGUAGUGCCUGGUUAUGCAGGAUUUUGUAAGCAUAUAUUUAUAGAAAAUUUUACCGAUGCAACAAUUGAAACAGUAGAAAUAAAUAAUAAAAACAGAGAUUUAAUAAAGACGGAUUACAUAUCAAGAAGAGACAAUGAAUUACCUGUACUGAUCAGGUGGAUAUCAAAAAAGGAUGUCAAAGAUAUAAUUAAAGCGAAAUAUUUAGAUUUAAUAUUAUACUCAAGGGAACAAAUAGAAAAAGAAAAUAAGGAAACAAAAACUGUUCCAAAUAAAAAGUCCAACUGUUUGUAUUCAAUUAUUUGUAUUAAACCGCAAAAUGAAGAUUAUGAAUUGCCAAUGACGCCAAUUACAAUGUUACGAAAUACGUUAAUAACUGAGGGAGGAAGUGGUAUUAACUUGAAUAGAGAUAAGUACUUGGAGUCCGUAAAAUACUGGAGGCAUCACGUGUCGAUUAUAGAUAAUUAG